GUUCGAGAAAUUGCAAUGGAGCUUUUCCCCUGUGAUUCCCAAGUUGGCUUCAAAUGGCAAUCAUCAGCUAUAUUGGCACUUCAAGAAGCUACUGAAGCAUAUAUGGUCUAUGUCUUUGAGAUGCUUACAUUAAUGAAAAAGGAUAUGGAGUUGGCUAAUAGACUUCGUGGUGCAGCAAAAGAACUCUCAUUUGAUAUAGGUGGUGGUGAAGAUGAUGGAAAAAAGUCUGGAAGAAUUUGGUGUAAUACAUUUCCAAGUUCAUAUCAAAACAAAGAUCACAAAGUCAAUGAGAGAACUUACUCUCAUAAUGUGGCAAAUGCUUUGAUGGAUUUUAUGCUGUAUGAUGUGAAAAAUAUUGAAGAGAGAUGGGAUGGGUGUACUUGUCAGUCAACAGACUUUAGAAACAAUGUUGGUGGGCCAACAAAGUUUCCUGAUUUCUUUUCAUUUUUCAAUUUCACAAAUGAGCACCAUUUUGAUUUUCUAUUCUGUGAAAUAAGUAAUGGUCCUUUUCCAAAAAAUUUGGACCGCAAUGAUCAUGUUUUAGGUGACUUAAAAAGACUUGAAAAAAUUUUCAAGGAUUCCUUUAACCAUAGUCAUUUCUUUUUUAAGAAACAUGAAAAUUAUAAGCAGCUCUGUUCUUACCUGGACCAGCUUAAGAGGAUAAUGGUUCAUUUUCAUGAAACAUCUGUUGAUUUUUACAUUCUUGAUAGACAUUUUUAUCCAUUUUAUAGAAUGAGUGCUGUCAAGACUUUAACCAUUCCUUUAUUUUCUGACCAAUUUCAUGUCAAAUAUGACAAGAUAGUGAAACUAUGUGAAACUUUACUAAGCUUCAAUAAUAUAAUAUCCUACAACUUUCGUCUUUUACUUGAAGUGGAAUCCAUCAUAAAUCUUAGUCAAUCCACACCACCACAUCAAACACAAUCUAAGUCAACACCACCAUUUUCUGGAAGCCUGUUUAGAACAUACAAUUCCUAG